GUUCUGCUGUGCAGGUUGUGCAGGCAGUACCUCCCAGCUGGAUCCCUGCCACAGCCCAGGUAACUCCGUGGUGCAGCAAUAAUCUGAGCCAGCAGCCCGAGCAGUGGAUUUGUGCUAAGUUCAAGCCUCAGGUGUGACUGAGCACAUUUGUGUCACGGGAGCCAAAGGCAGCCUGUUCCACACUGGAGUCCAGCAAGGAAACUUCCCAGGCACAGAUGGAGCUCUUCUUCUCCUCUUUCUUCAUGUUCUGAAUGACCUCGCACUCACAGCUCGCCACUUCAGUUGUAGAAAUGUGAAAUACACGUUUGGAAAUCUGAAAUAGUUGCUCUGCAAAGAAUAUUUUCCAUGGAAUGGUCUACAAGUGAGGUAUUUAUCAGCUGUCCAGAAUGCUUUCCAAGCAGGGCUUGAAGAUAAAGUAGUGCUUUGUUCUGGGAGGUCAAGCAAGUUCAUUUGGGAGUAACAGCUAUUUUCAGCCAUAUCCUUUCUAAAAAACUCUCUGAACAAAUUCAAGGAACCUGAGUAAUUAUUAAAAAUGCUUUAGCUGUGAUUUCUAUUUGGUUGGAGAGUCAUCAGCUGCAACCACGUACAUUUAAUUUUUGUUUGUAUUCAUAGUAACUGUAAGUUAGUUGAGGUAAAUCUCAGAUGGUUUUAGAUGCAAAAGAUGUUUCAAUCUCAAUGGGCUCCAGAGUUCCAGCAGGUUUGUACCAUAGAAAAUAAGGGUGAAUGCAAUAGCUGUGCUCCUAAUGAUGUGAUAUUUCAAAAAAUGUGUAUUUGUUUUCCUGAGGGAUUAGCUGUUUACUCUGUAAAAGACACAUGGAAGUACUCUAUGCCCAUUACAACAGCUGAAACUGCACUAAAAUACCAAACACCCACAACUUUUAUUUUUUUUUUAUUAUUAUUCUGUGUUAAUUUUACUGUCCAAAUUGAGGCUAAUUAUUAGUCCCCUUUCUUCUCUCUGUUCUGGAUCCUCUAUCCUUCCCCAUCACCCAAAUUCUAUCUCUGUAUGCUAUGAAGAUAAGAGCGUGUGUCAGGUGCAGAAAAUGGGAAUCCCCAGGAGGGUCUGCAAAGUGGGACUGUUUGUGUGUUCCUUUAUGCUUUGGCUGGAAAUGUUGAGAGGAUAUUUAUGCAACUGGAAAGUGGCAUCCAGCUGGGAGAGGCUGCAAGCCCCAGGGAAAACAGGGUUCAGUCAGGGCUUGAUGUUUUAGAAAAACAAAUAGCCUGAAAAUUGUUUUCAUGAAGCGAAGUACAAGGUUUUAUACGCCUCAGACCUGGCUGGGAGUGCUUCCAUAGAAAACACGUGGAUUGCAUUUGGUCACAGGCUGAAUGUCAUCCCAGUGCUGUGUCCUUGCAAAGCAGGCAAAUGUCCUGUGGGAAUGCAUGAACUGUGACAGCUUUUCAGUUUUGGGGGUAAAUCCAGCUUUGCUUCAUUCUUCUGAGGGCUCAGCAGGAGAACUUGGGUUGCUUUGACACCAGUUUCAUGAGAAUGGGCUGAUUAGACAGAGUCCAGUCAGAGCUGACAGAAACAAUCCCAGAUCUUAAAGUUAGAAAAUUACAAGGAAAGAUUGAAGGACGUCACAGAAGAGAAGAGGGAAGGAAACAUUGGAGCCUUCAGGUAUGGAAAGGGAGACUGCCCAGAUCUGAACUACAGCAAGUGAGAUCCUGGUUGGAAAUUUGGAAGCCUGCUGAUGAGAAGGGCUUUCCUACUGCAGCCAUCUCUCACAGAAUGGCUGAAAAACAACUGUUUGAACCCUCCUCUGCUCAUUUGUCUGCUUUGCAUGUGCUGGAAGCAUCAAGCACAAGGCCCCAUGCAAAUGCAUUUUGUGUUCGUCACAGGGACCAAAGGUCACACUGUGGGCACUUUUGCUUCCCUGUGAGCACCUGUCCUGAUUUAGGGCAGGUUCCCUGUGAACAGAAGAAGGGAUUGAUCUGAGCAUUCAAGAGUGAAACUGCUGGAAUUCAGAAGAAGUCACCCUUCCUUCUCCUCUAGAAAUGAUUUCCAGGAAAGUGCUGGUGGGAUCUCUUGUCUGCCUGGGUGCUGUUGCUGCAGUUAUCUGGGCUCUAGCUGGGACUAGAAAAGUGCACUACCUGCCCUACUACCUUCCUUGCCCUGAAAUCUUCUCCAUGAAACUCCAGUAUACAGAAGAGAAGCUAAUCCAGCUUUUCCCCCAAUUAUUUUAUCAGCAGCCAAGAGUGCUGGCGCCAAAGCGCCAGGAUGUGCUGACAGUCACACCAUGGCUGGCCCCCAUCGUCUGGGAAGGGACCUUCAAUCCUGAGAUCCUGGACAGUGCCUAUAGACCCCUGAACCUCACCAUAGGGGUGACAGCCUUUGCUGUUGGAAAGUACACGAGGUUCGUGCGGCGCUUCCUGGAGUCGGCAGAGCGGCACUUCAUGCGUGGCUACCGGGUCAAUUAUUACAUCUUCACAGACAGCCCCGAGAGCAUCCCCCGGGCGCAGCUGCGGCCAGGGCGCAGGCUGCUCACCGUCCCUGUCCAGAGACACUCCAGCUGGCAGGAGAUCUCCAUGCGCAGGAUGGAGACCAUCAACCGGCACGUGGCCGAGGUGAGCCAUCGCGAGGUGCAGUACCUCUUCUGCCUGGACGUGGACAUGGUGUUCCACAACCCCUGGGGCCCUGAGACCCUGGGGGACACGGUGGCCGCCAUCCACCCUGGCUACUUCCAAGUGCCACGAGAGCAGUUCCCUUAUGAGAGGAGGAGCUCCUCAGCAGCCUUCAUCCCCAAGGGAGAAGGGGAUUUCUACUACGGAGGAGCCGUGUUUGGAGGCUUGGUUAAGAACAUCUACGAGUUCACCAAGAGCUGCCACAUGACCAUCCUGGCAGACAAAGCCAACGGGGUCAUGGCAGCCUGGCAGGAGGAGAGUCACCUCAACAGGCACUUCCUGACCCACAAACCCUCCAAGCUGCUUUCUCCAGAGUAUAUAUGGGAUGACAGGAAGCCAAAGCCCCCCGAAAUCCGCCUCAUACGUUUUUCCACAGUGGAUAAAAACUACAAAGAGGUCCGAAAUUGACCACCUGAUCCCUGCAACAAACCAAAACACAUCAAAAUCAGUUCCUGCAGAACUAUGAAUUUUUGUUCCUGGUAGGAAGGGAAGGUAUGGAUAGUUCCUCUGGAGACCAGAGUCUCAAAGCAUUUCAGAAGCAGCAAUCAAAAUGCAGGUGAGACUGAAAAGGUUUCUGGUCUCCCACUCUUUGUAAAUACAUCCUGCCUGAGGCUGUGGCACACAGAAAAACAUCCAAAAGGCCAGUGAUCCAAUGCAUGGAUGUAGUUGCCUUCCCAUGACUGUUUUCCAGAGGCCUGGCAGAAACUUAACAAGAUCAAAAUGGCAUUUGACGUUCUUGUGGAGAAGACCUUGAGUUUUGGUAAAUACCUUUUCACUUAAAAAAAAAGAAAAAAAAAAAAGAACAUUUCAGGGUGAUAAUUUUUCCUGCAUUAUGAUUUAAACUAACACCUUUUGUCAGAAUCAGGAAGAAACUUGCACUCAGAGCACGUUUUCCCUGAGUGGUGUGCAGCAGGAUUUCUUGGACCUUCUCAGCAGAGGGCUGGUGCCAGGCAUUGCCAGUAAGAGCCCUGGUCUGACAGGACAAACAUUGUGAACUCAUCUAGCAGUUAUCUCCCAAAUUCCAGUCUGUGCUUUGGAGACCCAAGUUGAGACAGAACUGGCACAGCUCAAAGCAGACUGAACUUCUUUGGGUUUAUUUCAAUCACAGAUGUGCUCUGAACCUUUUCCCUGGGUCACAUGUCUCUGUGGAUCUUGUAAUCUUUUCCAAUACAGAAAACUUGUUUUUGAGAUGUUCAUGUUCCUCUCCACUGCUUCAGCCCUUUCCAAUUUUUCUAAGCUCUGUGAAAUAAAUUGGCGAGAAGCUGCUGGAGCUGACAGCAUGAUCCUUUCCAGCAAA